UUCACCACGGCAGAUGUGACACUCACCAUAUCGCUUAAACGUCAAACUCAACUCAGCCGACGAACAGACCGCACAAAGCGUAAUGUAAAAGAAUUGAAAAAAAUCAUCAAGUAUAGAGGCGAAAAGGCAGAAGUCGCGGGGCAAAUUGUUAAAUUGCGUUAACGCUGAACAAUUAAAUGCGGCGUUUACAGCACAGUAAGUGCGAGCGGCUAAUAAAUUGCGGAGGCGAACAGCAGAGCCGAUAAAGCGGCCAAAAACGGCGACCGCAAUUUAGGCACACACACACACACAUACACUCAUCAUUCACACACACAUAGAGGAAUAUCAACCGCGAGAGAGAGAGAGAGAGAGAGAGAGAGCCUCCUCCAACACACGCUCCACACGCCACACCACACCGCAUCGCCAAACCAACACACACACAUACACAUACAGGCAAACCAAACCAAACACACACACACAUACAAGCGCGCGUGCCUUGGCAGGUGAGAAGAGGAAGAGGAAGAAGAAGAAGCAGCAGUAACAGUCGGAGCGGCAGAAGCGGAGCGGAAACGGAGGCGCCAAAGCCCCAAAAGUCAAAAAAAAAAAAAUUCAAAUCAGGAGAAUUUGAAGUAUUUUCGUCUCGAAGGCAGCAGGACAUCAGCAAAGCAACAACAAACGGGCCAAAUUCGAGUGCGAUUUCAAGCCAAGAAGGAGGUAACCGAGUAGGAGGAGCCUGCCCCACCACUAACAACAACAACAACAACAACAACAAACUACAAACUCCAACAAAAACAAGAAGAAAAAAAACAGCAAGGAAGCAGCGUAUUUGGCGAAAAUCUUGCAUUGAUGGUAAUGCAUGCUAGAAAACCGCAGCGUAUGAACGAUGGGUACUUUGAGAAGCAUACCAGUCACACAUCCUACCAGAGCUCAAAGUACAGCAGUUCAAAGCGCGACUACGAACGCGACCGUUCCUCCAAUUACCGCGAUCGCGACCUGUCACCUGGCGGCGGCGGCGGAGGCGGUGGCGGCGGCGGCGGUGGCAGCGGCGGAGGCGGUGGCGGCAGCAGCGGCAAUGGCGGCGGCGGCGGCGGACCACUAAACAAUGGCAACAGCUAUCGCUCCCAGUCGCCGGACAUUGAUUCGCCAUCGUCGCGGUCGCACGAUCUCAGGGAUCGCAGCGAUCACCGGGGCGGCGGCGGCGGCAGUGGGCGUGGCGGCAGCGGCGAACGCUACAGUUUCAUCCAAAAGAUGCGCGACAGGGAUCGCGAUGCCUACAAGAAGGAUAAAUAUUCAGACAAACGCGAUCGGCGGGGCAAUGACCGGGACUCGGAGUCGUCGUAUCGCACCAACCACGACAGGGAUCGGCGCGGCGGUGGAGGCGGCGGUGGCGGAGGCAGCGGGGCCGGUGGCAAGCUCUGCUCCUCCAGGGAGAACGACAAGCGUUCCGGUUCCGAUGACCGCGACCGGGACAGGGAUCGGGACAUGCGCGAUCUGCGCGACAAGCGGGAUCGGGGCUCUGAUCGCGAUCGGGAUUUGUACAAGAAGGACAAGUACGCAGACAAACGCGAAAGGAGCGAUCGCGGCGAGCGAACAGCGCGCUACGGCGACUGGAGUGAGCACGUAAGCUCGUCGGGGAAAAUGUAUUACUACAACUGCAAGACGGAGAUCUCCCAGUGGGAGAAGCCAAAGGAAUGGGUGGAUAGGGAAAGGAAUUUGCCGCGUGAUCAGCACCGUGAGAAGGACUAUCGUGACAAGGAUCGCGAUCGGGACCGCGAUGAUCGCUUCUCCAGAUCGAAUAAAUUUCUUUCAGCUUACAAACAUUCCAAUUCUUCGCGGGACAAUUCACGACUGAGAUGGAAUUACGACAACGAUGGCCCGCCCAGCCAUCGAAGGCGUUUGGAUGGACGACACAAUGACAAUGCUGACAUGGACAUAAGCGGCGACUCGACGCCCACCUCAGAGGCCAGCUACUCCCUGAGCGGCACGCCCACGGCACACAGCGGUGGUGGCGGCGGCGGCGGUGGAAGCGGUGGAGGAGGAGGUGGAGGUGGAGGAAAUGGUGGCGACCAGCCCAUGGGCAACGCCCUGCCCCGCCUGGCCUCCCAUCCCAAUGCCAGCAGCAGCAACUCCUCGGUGUCGGGAGGACCGCUUGGCGCCGCUGCCGUAGUGGCAGCAUCGGCAGCUGUAGCGGCAGCGGCACUCCACUAUGGCGGCGGUGGGGCGGGACUGGUGACGGGAGCCACCAUGCUGCCCACCAGUGGCCUGUCCUCCGUGGGGGCGAACAGCAGCGGCAGCAACAGUGCCGGCGGCAGCAGCAACAGCAGCAACAGCGGCAGCAGCCUAAGGAACUCGGUCGUCGGCCACAUUGGCUCCACCUCUGGAACAACUGUGCCGACGUUGGCGAGUCAGGAUCCGCACCAACAUCCCCAUCAUCUGAACUCGAAUGCUCCCCUGCCGCCCGGAGCCAAAGGCAAGGAUCAGGCCCUGCUGAUGCGCCAGAAGAUGCACCUGGGCCUGGGCGUCUUGGACGGUGGUGGCGGUUCGGCGUCAGAUUCGGUCGUAAAUCAUGCCUACAAUUCGGUCAACAACUCGGUCACUGGCGGCAGUCUAAGCAGCUUACGGGAUAAUAAUGUUAACUCCCCGCUGUAUAUGCCCCAUCCGCAUCAUAGCCUUUCCCCGUCGCUCACCAGCUACACCAAGAGUCCCAUACCGACGAUUGUCGGGCACACGAACAAUGUGAGCAACGCCUACUCCUGCAGCACACCCUUCGGACUGAAGUCGAGCCUUGACGGCGGCCUACUGGUGGCCUCCGCUUCCCCGGCCACGCCCACUGCCUCAUCCGUCGUUAGCGGCGGCGUCAAUAGCUGCGUUGGCCAAAAUAUAGUGCCCGGUUUGGGCCCCGUCAGCGGUAUCAGUGUGAUCACGUCGAUGGGCAGCAACAGUGCCUCCAAUAGCGGUGCGACAGGCAUUGGCGAGGGACCACCGACGCCCACCCAGGAGCUGGAUCUGAGCGGUUCUGUGCUGGAUCAGCAGGCGCAGCAAGCGGCCGCCGUAGCAGCAGCGGCAGCAGCAGCAGCGGCCGGCAUGAGCCAGCAACUGGCAGCGCAGCAGAGAGGCAAAUUGGAUGGCGCAUCAUCGGCCACUCUGAGCACGCUGCAGAGCUGUGUGGGAUCGUCGGUGCAGGCGGCCAACCUGCGAGGUCCCGAGAUAUCGCCCAAACUGGCCAAAUACUUUCGCGCUGAUCUGAUCGCGCACGUAACGAACUGGCAGGCGGAGGUGCUGGAGCGUCAGGUAAGCUGUGAGAAAUGCUGCGAGGAUACACAUCUGUUUGGGGACAUCACCUGCACGAGGAUAUGUGCGGAGCUGAAGUGUGCCAGGAGUUUAGUGAGGAGCACAGAGAUCAACGCCACCCUGCAGGAACAGAAAAUCAUGUAUCUGCGCCAGCAGAUCCGCCGGAUUGAGGAGUCGAAGACUCAGAACGCGUUCAUGUCGGACGAUACUUAGGAUCAGGAGCAGGUUAGGCUCCGCGUCCAUCGCAAGCUGUCGGUCAGGCUCAAAAAGAGCAUAUUCUGGCGCAGCUGAUGAUGAUGAUGUGGCGGCGGCGGCGGCGGCCUAGCCUCGUGAAUGCGAUGAGGAAGAUGCGACAUCCGGCUCCCCUUUCUCUACUCCACCUCCAUCUCUACUAUAUCUUCUCUCCAUUAUCCUACAAAGGGCAAACACACACACACACAUCAGCACUCCUACACCCUCAUAGAUACACAGAUACAGAUACCAAGUCGCCUAGGAUAGACCUGUGUUCGUCCUGGCAAUCCAAUUUUGAAGUAUGGUGGCAGCUUAUUCAAGGAUUGCCGCCAAAGGACAAGGUUCAGAGGUUCAGGACAUCAACAAUUCAACCGGAGGACGAACGUUUCAAGGCAGAGAGUGGAAGGAAUGGAUGAAGGAAGAAGAAACUAAAGCAUAAUUUAUAAUUAGCAAAGCGUAAAUUUAAUACAAAAACAAAAACAAAACAAAAAACAAAAAUAUGUAAGCAAAAGCAGAGAGAGAGAGAGAGAGAUAAAAAAACAUAACAAAACAAAACAAAAGAACAGAAAUAGCAACGAGAAAACCAAACUCCAGGAUACAAGAUACAAGAUACAACUACCGAUGAACCUAUCAAGAAGCAAUAAGGAUGAAAGCCUACUUAGCAUCAGAAACAACAAACAAACAAACAAACAAACAAACAUGGUAAAUAAAAACACCAACAAAACAAACAAAUUAACAAAACUAAACAAGUCAACAUAGUAUACUCAAUUGCAAUAAAAAAGAAAUGAAAAAUGAAAUGCUAAUUAGAGGAUAUAUGCAAAUGAUAUAUAUUAUUAUAUAUAUAUACUUAUGUAUAAAUAAAUAUAUAUAUAUGAAUAGAGUAUAUGAAAGUUUGUAUAUUUACAAUAACAACAACAACAACAACAACAACCACAACAAGAAUGUUAAUCAUAAUGAUAAAAUGAUUAUCGAUGACAACCAAAAUGCAAGUCAGAAACAAGUUAAAUCGAACCGAAUCGAAGAAUCCUCUACACAAGACACUGAGAAAAAAAAAAGAGUAAAGAAAAGCUUCUAUAUAGAAACCGUUAACAACUCGUUAUAUAUAUAUCUUAUAUAUAUCUAAAUAUAUAAUAUAUAUAUAUAUUAUUAUAUAUAUAAUUAUGUAUAUGACCAAGUUUUGUUAUCCGUUUUUUUUUUAUUUUUGAAAAAAAAACAUAGUUUGGUUUUUCUCCCAAUCCCCCCCAGAAAAAUUUGUUUUUUGAGUUUACACUGCGAGAAAUCACUACCCACCCUUACACACACACACAACAACAACAACAACAAAAGAACUAAUAAUGAAAAGAAAUAAUUAACUUCUUAAUUUUGAAAAGAAAAGAAAAUUGUAUUUAUAUUAUAUAUAUAUACGAGUACGAUAUAUAGGCUUGUAACUUCCGAUUUAUUGAAUUUUCAGUUUUGUUUUUUUUUUUAGUUUAGAUUUUUUUAUACACCCCCUUCUCCCCUACCUACUCCCCCCCCUACACUUACGUUUUACAUUUAUUAAUUAUAUAUAUGAGUAUAUAUAUAAAUAUAUAUUAUAUAUAUGCGU